CGGAAAAUUAAACAAAGUCAAUGCGGUAGUUACAAGAGAUCGCGUGAGAGUUUCAAUGAGCAUUACGAAGUGUCAUUGAGGCAAAUGUUGUGGUGAUAAUCAAGGAACUUAGUUUGUGGUAACACGAUUUGGAGCAAAGAAGGCACAGACAAAAGACACAAAAUGGAUCGAGCAAGUAUUGAUAGUUUCCUGAGACGAGACAUAACAUCUCCGAGGAAACGUAUGUCAUUGGGGCCAUCAUCCAGACGCCAGAGCAGUGGAGUGAGCCUAUCAGGUCGUUCAACACAAUCAGUCCAAGUGAUCUGUCGCUCAGCAAGUCAUAUAGUCGAGAGUUUUGGUUCAUCCCUCCCAGUUCUGGUAACAGAAGCCCUAACCUUUGUCGAGAGAAAUACAGCCGUGAGUGUCAGUGUUUCCCAGAAUGGUUGGGCUUGGUUGGUCUGUGGGAGACGUCUCCUCGUCUGGCAAUGCAAGACGACGCUGGACCCAAAGCAACGACCCACCUUUAAGUCUCAAUGUCGAGAGCUCCAGCUGCCUCAGAGUGACCUCGCACAUAAAGCAGAAUGCAUAGCAGUCUGGCUUCCCCCUGGUCACCAGGUUCCCAGUUGUAUGGCUGUAUCACCUGAAGGGAUAGUCCGUUACUGGAGCAGCGUAGCUCACGAGGAAUCCUCAGUGGAGACAUCAGCAGAACUAGCAGGUCAAGAAGUCGAUUGUCUAACCCACAUCCCCAGUCACGGUUGCAUUCUGGCCACCACCACCUGUACAGUCGCUCUCCUGCAGCCCCAGUUCACAAAUGCGCGCAAUACAAUCACUUGCAGAGUCCUCAGGACCUCCCAAGGAUGGCUAGGAGGCAUAGGGCGCCGAAUGUCUUCCCUGAUCUUUGGUGCAAUGCCACAAUCCCAAUCAGUUAUGGAAACAAAACUAGCCAAAGUCACCUGCACGAGCCUGGGGGAUCGUUCCAGAGUUCUCAUCCUGGCUGGGUCCUCCUUACAGUACUGGUCCUUUCCGUUAGGAGAACAAGAGAAGAUGGAGUUCGAUGAGGAUGUUGGACACAUUGUUUCGCAGGAGUUCCAGAAACACAUUUGGAAUUUAAGACACCUGACUCCUGAGAACAUGGAGACCUGGCUCAUCGACAUGCAGACGUGCGAUGAAGGAAUUGUUCUUCUUGUAGCGGCUAAUUCAUCAGACACUUCACCUUCCAGAAUUCAUUUUGCUCUAGGACUUCUCCCCUUGAAUGGCACCAGUCUCACGAAUUCGUUCAAGUGGUUUCUGCAGCUGAAGGUGGGACCUUUAAGGCACCAGGAUGACACUGAGACUGCCAUAUCCUCCUUUCGAUUCAUUCUGUCAGGCUGGGAGGCUAUUGUUUAUAAUUCCUAUACUGUUUUGGUCGUCAAUACCACCAAUGAACAUGAACAAGAUAAAAUAGAUCUGGUCAAAAGUACAGAGGAUAAAAUUCUUGGAGGUUCUCUCUGUUCCGGGGCUCCUAUCCUCUUCACCAGAAACUCUGGCCUCGUCACCAUUACACGACCUGAUUUCGCUGUUCAAGACUUCAAUUCUAGUUUUGCUGAUGCGAACACCAGCGUUGAUUAUACUUUGAACUCGAGUGUGGUCGACAGUUUCAAUACCACUGUGUCAAAUGAUAAGUUGAGAGAAAUGUACCUCAGCUCCAAUGGAGUACACCAGCUCAUCGCAGCUUUCAUGUUCAGUUGUCGACAGAAUAGACAGGAGUGCGAGCAGAUUCUCGCGGAGUUGUUCCCUUAUCAAGAGGAACCAGUCAUGGAUAUCGAUGCAAUGCUGGAUACCUUGGUUCUUGAUGUGGGGAAGAGACUUAUCGAUGACUUUCCAGCUAACGAUCCUCGCUGGUCGAAUCACAUGGACACAUCCAUAACCAUGGCAGCAGUUUCCUCGAUGCAAAUUCCUCAUCAGCUUGAUGGGAAGCACAAGGCUGUGGAUCUGUUCGUUGCAUUUUUAAAGGACUACAAUUUAUGGAACAGGUUUUGUGCUGUCACUUACAGGGGCAUUAUCAUGUCCACUUCUCAUGUACUGGGGGAAUAUGCUGAGAAAAUCGUAGCUGCACUGGCGAUCUACAAUCUUCAGAACCAGUUUUCUGAUAUUUUAGAUUCGAUCAUCGAGGAGACGUUGAAUCCAGAGAGCUUUUUAUCACCUGAGUUGAGCGCCAAGGAUGUGUUCUACAGGGAAGUUAGCACAGUUCACCUGGUACUCCCAGCCUUGGUGGCUUCUGCGUGUGACGUCACUCAAUCUGAUAAACCGAUUCAACAGGUCUCUCACUAUAUCUUGCGUAUCAAUUCGAUCCUUCUUGGAGUCUUGAGGGAGGUCAUCAAGUACAGGCAGAAUAAUGCCGACCGGUUCGUUCCUUCAAGAUCCUGUAAUGCUGUGACAGAGUAUCUACCCUGGACUGCAGCCACUGGGAAAAAUGAAUUAAGGACAUGUCUCUACACGAUGGAGAACUUGACACUGAAACAUGGAGUGACUGGGACAAAUGAUUCAGCCGUCAUGAACGAGCUUUAUGAUCAGGUCGUUGGGCUGAUUGACCUUAUCCUCGACGGCAGGAAGUGCCAUCUGGAGAGUAUCAGAGGAACCGAGAAGUUUGACAUUCUCCUGAAGCAGUAUGAAACUGAGAGGGCUAAUUUAAUUCAACCCUUGAUUAAGAAUGAGCAGUAUGAAAAUGCUGCUAUGUUGGCUGAAAAGUACUUUGAUUUUGCCUCACUGGUGCAGAUCUGCGAGCUGACUGACAACAAGAGCCGUCUCGAUAGCUAUUCGGAAAGAUUCGCUGAUCAAGAUUUCGUGGGCUUUCUCUUCUCGUGGUACGUCAAGGAUGGAAGACAGGGGCAGCUGGUGGAGAGGUGCAGGCGUGGAGGUGCUGGAGAGCUCACUGAGAAGCUGUCUGAGCAUCCUGAGCUGUCGUGGGUUCAGGAGUCUUUGACUGGAGAGUACAGACAGGCUGCCCACACUUUAAGUGUUCUGGCUAAUGAGGAGCUAGAGCUUGUGAAGAGGAAAAAGACGAAGCUCUCGUUGAGCAAAUUGGCACUGUUGUGCUCGGAUGAACCUGAGGGGGAGAUAGCCGAUGCCCUUGAGAGAAUCAAUAGUGAGUUGGAGCUCAUUGCCUACCAGGAGGAGCUGCCGAAUGAUGUGUUGGAAACUUAUGGCUAUGAUACCGAUAAAUUGAGGGUACUGAAACCUGUUGAGCUUAUCAAUUUUUAUACCUGUGAGGAGAACGCUCUUGCUGGGGAGUUUGACUUCAAAAAGGCGUUGGAUUUGUUGAAUUCCGUUCCUGAUGCUGAUGAUAAGAAGACGCUGAAACUCAGGAUCUGGGCGAGAGCUGCUAGGAGGGAUAAGUGGGAUGCUGUUACCACAAACCCAGAGGUGCAGAUUCAAAAGACACUUUUCUUCAAGCUCAUGGAUCUUAAUCAUACUAUGGGAGAUCCUCUUGAAGAAUGUCUUCCACCAAUCGAUGAUUUACUUCUGGAAUCUGAGCUGGGACCUCUCGCAGUGUCUAGCAACUUCCAGUACCUUAUCAAACUCGUUUACGAGUACUCGUUACAGCAUUUUAAGAUUCGAAGUGGGUGAGCAGUAAUGUAAGAUUAUUUUCACAAUUUUUGAGGUCUUUGAUAAUUAAAUAAAUUUUUGAAUUGAAACGCGGA